AAAAAAAAAAAAAACUCGAUCUCCAACUCGAAACUAAUUUGCAACUGAUAAAGUGAGUAGAGAUUUCAAACAAGACUUUCAUAGCUAAAGGCCCAAAACAAAAGACAAAGAAGACCUCUAGCCGGGUUAUGGGCCUUUCCCCCAGUUUCUUCUCUAUUUGGUUCUCUCUGGUUUUCCCAAAUAGUUCAAAAGCCCUAAACCUCGGGAGUCACCUUUCUCACCCAGUCGCCUCAGUUUAAUAUAUUGUGAGGGAAAAGCGAGAGAAAAUGCCACUCGGGCUAAUAAUGGGGUUAGGAAGGGCAUUUCGACGAAAGCGAACGGCAUCCCUUGACAUUCUUUCUCCCAAACGAGCCCCAAGGAAUUUUUACAAGGGGAAGAACUGCAAGCCCACUGGUUUCCACACCCGAAAAGGAGGAUACGUUGUGGUGCAGGACAAACUACCCAACUAUGUAGUCCCUGAUUUAACUGACUUCAAGCUCAAACCAUAUGUAUCUCAGUGCCCCAAAGAGGUCAAGGCUGCAGAGUCAGCCGGAGCAACUAAAUAAGCAAAUGAGUGGCAGGUAUCUAAUCUUUCCUUUAAUGUUGUAAUAGAAAAGUAGGCUAGUCAUGUUCAUAGAUUUUGUUUUGUUUUUAUUUUUGAUCUGAAGUGUACAAGACUAGUGGGUCUGUUCAAUGUACACAUGCUUGCUUGGAGUUGUGAGUCUUCACACUAUUCAAGUAAUAAGUUCCCUUGGUUUACGCAUU